UGCAGCUCUGAACUCAUUAAAAAAACUGAUUGUACUUGCUUUCUUAAUCCAAAUACAAAAUUUCCAAAUACUCAGUAUGAACUCGCUCCUCCGCACCAGUCGCUCACUUCGAGCCACCAAGCCUACAACGCGAUUGCCCGUCUUCCUCCAAGGCCAAACCCAACAGCGACUGAACAGCCAUAGCUCCUACGGCAAUGGCGAAACUAAACCUGAAGACGAUAGAAACAGACCUACCCGUGACAUAGAGCAUCCAGGACCACCACCACCCAACGUCACCAGCGAGAACAACUCCAAGUCACAGCCAUCAUACAAGCAGUCUGAGUCGCCGACCGGUGAGGAAGAAGAAGAUAUCAAUACGAGGCCAUCCAACAACGCUAAGCCGACGAUCACGGAUGGCCAUCAGUCGGCGAAUGUUGACAAGGAAGGGAACAUGAAGCCUAACGUUCCUGAGGAUGUAAAAAGACACAAUGAAGACAUCGAUAAGCGGUUCGACAAGCCUUACAAUCGGAUUAAGGAUGAGGGAAAGGUCGAAAAGGGGUUUUGGGGGAAGUUAGAUGGGCAAGAAGGUUACUAGGCACCUAGUAAUUGGUGGAUAUUUCCAAGGCUGUUAAGUGUGUGAUUUUAGAUGCGUGGUCGGGAUAUUAAAAUCCACGAUAUUCUUUAUGUAUUGAAUAAAAUACUUCGGUGAAUGAGAAUAUGAAUAGGAGUAAAG